AUGCCGGCCUUCCUCCCAUCCGCCCUCUUGCAGGCACUCCGCGAUGACUUCAAGUUGAUGUUCGACGCGCAAAACUCACCAGUACAGGAACAAGUGGCUCAGGUCAGCACAAACAUCAGCGCACAGCGUGCCACCAGUGGCGCAUCAAGUACUGGUCACUUGCGCCGCACUGUCGAUGAGCACGACAUCAUGCCAACUUCAGACGCUCACGAAGUUGGACACCUCGACCAAGGCGAUUGGACAAGUACUUACCUCGACGAGAACUACGCCGAGAACUCACAGCUCCUCCACACCAGUGAAGAUACUGACAACAUCAAUGGCAUUCAUCCGCACCUCAGAGACUUCACGACAGAAUCUCGAGGGAUCUGUGGGGAGCGCAUUCAGGUCAAUGGGGGCUUGGACACAUACCCAACAGAUCAGACCACUCGGAAACGCGCCCGAGAGUGA